AAAAUAUUAAAUAAACAUCAUAUAUAGACAGUCACUGUUCUUAUAUAUGCAAUUAUAAAUACGUAUGUGAAUCUUUAUGUAUGCUUAUUUAAAGUGAUGAACUUUAGUUCACGAACGGACUCCGAAGAAGUAAGAAUUAUCGAGUCAUGUUAUCUUUUAAAAAAUUAUAUCUGGUCGCUUAUAAUGCGAUAGAAGUUAUCGGUUGGUCUUUGGUAUUCUAUAUAUUGGUAUCCCAUUAUGGGGAUAAUACGUCAACGUUAAGUCUUUGGGAUAAAAUUUGGCUUCCUUUAACUGUUAUUCAAUAUUCUGCUUAUUUAGAGAUAAUACAUUCUAUGAUAGGUUUAGUUAAAUCAAAUUUAUAUGUAACAUUCGCACAAGUUUCAAGUCGUUUAGUUCUUAUCUUGGUGUUAUUCUCAUUGCCAUGGGAUUUCGUUGGAUCAUCACUUUGUUUACCGUACACUGUUUUAUCUUGGAGCAUUACAGAAAUUCUUAGAUAUUUGUACUAUCUAUUGAACAUUCUUUCAUUUGUGCCAAAGUUUCUAACAUGGUUGAGAUAUUCUACAUUUUUGGUACUUUACCCAACUGGUAUAAGCGGAGAACUUUGGUGUAUUUAUUACGCAAUUGUUUAUUCCAUGUCUCAUCCAGAAUUAUGGAGUUAUGCAUUACCUAAUCCAUGGAACUUUACAUUUAGUUAUUUGUACUUUUUGAUAUCUCUUGUUUUAUUAUAUAUUCCAGGUUCGUUUAUAUUAUAUUUUCACAUGCUUUCACAGAGAAAGAAAAUAUUGGGUACAAAGGUUGCAGUAAAAAAAGUAAAAUAAAUAAAUUAUUUUUCUAUUUAAUAUAUCACUUUAUAUUUUGUUAUUAAGUAAAAUAAAAUGUUCUACUAUUUGAAUAA